GGGGUUACCCCCUCCGACACCCCGUCGAGCUCUAGCUCCACCACUGGCAGGUCUGGGUCUCACACGCCCCAGCAAAAGCCAUCCAACUCCGAUUCAUACCAGUCCGCCGCCUCUUACUUUUCUUAUCCUGUUAGCCACGUCGUCUCGGGUCUAUACCGACGCCUAACAGACCCUAAUAUCACAUCCGAAAUGCCUUCCACCACAUCAUGGGGAUCCUCGUCGGAAGUCUUCACACCGCGCCGAACAGCUUCCCCCUUCCAACCACCACCUCUUACCCCCCUCGCCCUCAAAAUCCCCAGAGGCGCAGACCUCCUCCAACAACAGCUUCUCACCCGUGCUUUGGCGGAGGAAAUUCGCCUUCUUGUUCCUCCGCGCUUGCAACUUGUUGAAGACUGGCGCCUCGCCUACAGCCUCGAUCGCGACGGCGCUUCCCUAACAACUCUAUACGACAACUGCGAAGAAUUCUCCCACCGUAGCCCGCGGGCGGGCUACAUCCUGGUUAUCCGCGAUUCCUCCCCUACUGGUGCCGUCUUCGGCGCCUACAUGACUGACGCCCCGCACCCAGACUCCCAGUUCUACGGCACGGGCGAGUGUUUCCUCUGGCGCGCCAGUGUUCUCCCGCCUCCAUCGACCCUUGGACUUGCGUUCUCAGGCGAUGGUCCUCAAUCUGAGGAAGCGCUUGAACGUGCGGGCUUACCUCCACCUCCUUCGGCUGAUACAACCCAUGCUGGAAGGUGGAGUACACUGCGCAAUGAUCCGAAGUCCAAAUCUUCUAAGUCUGCGUCGCCUGCGCACAACUUGAACCUGAAUCUUAAGACGAACAUUGCUGCUGCUAGUGGUGGUGCCCUUGCGCCUCCUUCGCCGUCGUCGAUCACUACGUCCCGAAGUGGGGCGAGCACCCCUGAGCGCAUUCGCUUUAAGGCGUUCCCUUACAGUGGUGUGAAUGACUACAUGAUGUUUUGUGAGACUGGAUUCUUGAGUCUUGGUGGAGGUGACGGACAUUAUGGCUUGUGGGUUGACUCGGGCCUUGAAAAGGGCGUGAGUGCGUCCAGCCAGACAUUUGGCAACGAGCCCUUGUCCGAUGAAGGAGUCAAAUUUGAUAUCCUCGGUGUUGAGGUGUGGUAUGUCGGUUCGUGA